CUUGAUUUCAAAUCCGGAAGUGAAUUUAUGAACGCAUGUUCGGUCUUUUAAAAUCAAUUAAAAGUGGUAUUUGCAAGCUUAGUAGGCUAUGAUGUCUGGCGCGUGUUUUCUGCGCAAAGUGUCCCUCUGCUCGCCCGUGGGGGAGAUCAUGUUGAGUGGAUGUGAGAUGGGAGUACACACCAUUGACAUCCAAGUGGAAAAAAGGUCAAGUGGUUAUUGGCUUGCUCAGCAUAUGGUCUCCUAUGGCCAGACAGAAAUAAGCUCUGAAUUACAGCGCUGUAUUGACUGGCUUCAGUGCUACUUCAUCCACCCCGAGUCGGUCAGCUCUCUUCCUCCACCUGCCUUUCACCAUCCACUUCUGCAGAGCGACUCCUUUACUUCACGUGUGCUUUGGACACUGUUUAAGGAGGUGGGGCUCGGUAAAACUGUCUCUUAUAAGCAGCUUGCUGAAAUGGCGGGGAAUCCAAAGGCUGUACGAGCAGUAGGCGGAGCCAUGAGAAGAAACCCGAUUCCUCUCAUAAUUCCAUGUCAUCGGGUGCUGUGCAGUUCAGGUCAAAGUGGACGAUACAUGGGAGGGAAUGGAGAUCAUAUUAAAGUUUGGUUGCUCACUCAUGAGAAGAAGGCUUUGGACGUCAGUCCAGAAAAAAAUGAAAAGUCCACCUAAGGGUCACCAGUGACUUCUUUCUGCAUUACAAAUAGAGAUGUUUGUUAAUUAAGUUGAGCUUGAAAAAGGCUGGUGUGUUUCACUUGAGCAAAUGGACUCGUUCUUUUAGUCCAUUUAUAGUUUCCUUUUGUUUCUGUUUGGAAAUGUUUUUCAGAGCGUGCAGUUUGUUCAGUUACCAAGCUGAUCACUACAGAGUUUGAAUUUAGUUUAGACUGUUAAUGUUAUGUUGACAUUGUAUAAAUGUUAUUGAUUAAUCAGUACAGUGUAUGCUUGUGAUCAACCAAGCUGUUUUUUUGUAAUCCCAAGGAUUAUUAAAUUGCAUAUUUGAUAUUGUUAUAAUUUUCCCUAAAAUGCAUAUUAAUAUUUUUAUACCAAGAUAUUUUGUAGUAUAUUUAUCUUUUUUUCGCAUACCUCUUUUAGGGAUA